AUGCCCAAGCGUAAGCGCUCUGAGGAGCAGACCCUCUCAGAUAAGCUUGAAAAGUACUACGACGAAGUCUUCCGUGCCCUCAAGACAGCCAAGGGUUUCGAGCGCCAGCGUCUCAGCAAACGUCAGCGUGAGAAGGGCGUCACGCCUGACAAGCUGCAGAGGCUAGAACGCGAGGUGACAGUCCUGAAGUCUCUCGACCUGCACCAGACGGCACGCGCACACCUCGCCUCGUCCCUCCUCAAGGUGAAAUCCAUCGCCUCCUCGCCGGAACUUCCCGACCAGAUCCGAAAUGGCGUGUCGAAGCCCGAACUCCCCGAGGAAGAGAGGGUGGCCCUGCACAACGUCACGAGCGGCCUGUAUAACCGGAAACAGGUCAGGGACGCCGUCGACCGCGCCAUAAAGGUGGCCUGCACGCACCUCAAGGUUGAUCCUCCCGGAAAGGGAAAGAAAAACGCCAGGGACGUGGAUGAGAAGAAGAAGGAGGAGGUGGAGAAAGAGAGCAAGGAUGGGGAAGAGCAAGAAAAGCCAAAACGUAUUCCCGUGAGGUCAAAGAAGCAGGUGUCCGGGGAAGAAGAAGAGGAGACCGAUUUUGACGGUUUCGACGACGGCCAUGAACAGGCUGAUGAGGAGGAGCUCGGCAGCGACCAGGAAGAGGCCCGGGUAUCUACAUAUGACGCCCUCCUGGGCAGCUCAUCCGACGAAGAUUCCGGCGACGACGCCGACUUGUCACGCUACGAGAAAUUCCGCGGCACAGAAAAAGUCAACCUAGACGACAUAUCCGGUUCCGAGUCAGAAGAUGGAGAUGAAUCUGAAGACGGCGAAGAGGACAGCGAGCUUGAAGAAGCCCGCAUAUCCAAAUACGACACUCUCCUAGGCGACUCGGAUGGUUCCGACGACGACGAUGACCUAUCACGUUACGAGAAAUUCCGAGGCACAGAAAAGGUCAACCUGGACGAUAUAUCCUCCAUCUCCGGUUCCGGCUCCGGCUCCGAAGCAGACGCAUCCGACGACGAUGGCUCGGACUCUGAUGAGGAUAACGACGACGUCGGCUCCGCCCCCCCCGCCGCAUCGCCCUCGCCACCGCCAUCUCCUCCGCCCGCCAAGAAGACGAAGAAAUCCAACAAGGUGACCGCCACACCGCGCGACACGACCUUCCUCCCCUCCCUGAUGGGCGGCUACGUCUCCGGAUCCGAGUCGGCGUCCGACGUCGACGUUGUCGCGCCCAAGAAGCGUCGCGGCCAGCGCGCCCGCCAGGCCAUCUGGGAGAAGAAGUACGGCGCCAGCGCCAGGCAUCUCGCGCAGCAGAAGAAGAAGGGCCAGAAGGGAAGGGACGCAGGCUGGGAUGCGCGUCGCGGCGCCGUCGACCCGGCCGACGCCGGCAACAGGACGCCCUGGAAGAAGGGCGUCGUCAACCCCUUCUCCUCCGGCAAGGGCGGCCACGACAAGAGGCCGCCGCCCCCACCUACCAAGAAGGACGACGAGGGUCCGCUGCACCCCAGUUGGGAGGCCAGGAAGAAGAAGGCGGAGUCUUUGAAGAGUGUUGCAUUCACGGGACAGAAGCUGGUGUUUGAUUAG